GAGAGGAAGGGAAGUCCGAAGACACACAUACACACAAAGCUCAGCCAGCAUUGUGCGCGUUUACAGACGGGAGACCACAAACGAUCCGAAUAAAGACUGCGAAACAUGGGGAGAUAGAGAUCGGAUUUUAAAGCAGACCGGACUCAGUCCUCCUCACAACCCCCAAAGCAUCUUCAGGACCCGGAACGGCUCCAUGAUCUGAAGGUACCGGCCCGGCAGAGUAUGACCCAGUACCAGCCGCCAGGUAUAAUCAACCUGACCAGCUUCAGCGCAGUGAAAGCCGAGCCCACAUCUGCGUCGCCCCUCUCAGCCAGCAUGGCCAACAGCACCGCUGCCACCCCGGGCAAAGUCCUGGGCACCCCUGGCCCCGCCGGGCGGCUCAGCCCUGAGGGAACACAGGUGCUCAGCAAGAAAAAGCUGCAGGACCUCGUGCGAGAGAUUGACCCCAACGAGCAGCUGGAUGAAGAUGUGGAGGAGAUGCUUCUGCAGAUCGCCGAUGACUUCAUCGAGAGCGUGGUGACGGCCGCCUGCCAGCUCGCCCGCCACCGCAAGUCGAACACCCUGGAAGUGAAGGAUGUGCAGCUGCACCUGGAACGGCAGUGGAACAUGUGGAUUCCGGGCUUCGGCUCCGAUGAGAUCCGGCCGUACAAAAAGGCCUGUACCACGGAGGCCCACAAACAGAGGAUGGCACUGAUCCGCAAAACUACCAAAAAAUAGCGAGACUUGAAGCAGCUGGACGGACGCCUUCGCGAUCUUCCUCUUUUUUUGUUUUUUCCUUCCCUUUUUCGAAGCAGAGCUUGGGUAUGUGGGGACAGUGUAAGAAAACGGAGGGAAUGGGGUUGUAACUAAUGUCAUAGGGGUUAAUAUUGUGUACAUUGGGGAAGGGCGUGGGUGUGGGUGGGGCCGGGAGAGGGGGUUUUAGUGUAUUACCUGCAGCCUGUAUGUGUCAGCUUUGUGUACGCUGCUGCCGGUCCUCGAAGGCGGCCGUCACUGUGUCGGAGAAUCUCGAGAACGCGUCGUCUCACUCAGAUUUGCUGUUUGUGAACCACAGACUUGCCAGACCUCAUAAAGCAGUCCCCGUUUGUUUUAUGCUUGUUGUCAGCUCUGGUGCGUGCGUGUCUGGGAACGGGGACUGUUCCGCGUGCGACGCAGCUUUUUGAACCCAGGCGUGGCCCUGGAAAUGGAGAGAUGCUGGUGUCAUUUACCAUGACCAUUGCUGUUUGCCCACUCAUCUUCUCCCUCAGCUCUCUCCUUUUAGGGAGCACACACCCGCUCUCAGAGGCCCUGGUACAUGCACACAGCACACAAAGCUUACACUGUCAUCACCUUAUCUCAUUAUCAGUUCCCUUUUGGGUUUUCCUUCCGCAGGCUGUGUCGUUAUUAGUUGUUUUGUGUUCGAAGUUUGUCCCAACCAUCGGUUCUUUGAACUUUUACUGCGUCAUUUAUGACAGGAAGACUACAAUGACCACAAUGCACCUGAAAUGAGACAACAAUAGCCUCAGUGCAGCAGAUUCACUAGUUUUGUUUUUUUUUCCUCUCUUUUCUUUUUAGGUUUGGAAUUGCACGUGCUGUUGUGUUUAGCGUAUUCAGUACUGUCGGUUUUUGUCUUUUUAAUAUUUUCUAUUGAUGUGUACAUUUCAUAUCGAGGCCAGGGACACGGUGAGCACGCGGUAGGGUCACCUUGUUCGUCACCCAGUCGAAGCCUGUUCUUUUUUUUUUUCUUCUCUCGUCGAUGUUGUUGGCUUGAAAAGCAGAUGUCAGGGGUUCAUGUUUUAUGUAACGGGGCUCAGUGUGUGCUUUGCCGAAAGAA